CUCUACAAGUCUUCCUAUUCGUCAUUUUUCUGCAAUUUAGUAGGUUAGUAGACAUGCUCGUUAUAACAAAGGAAUUUGUGUCAACUUACACUAUUAAAGCAAUCUCCAACUUCAAGCCGGAUACCACUUAUUGCAGCGAGGUUAAAGAAUAUUACUAUAUUCCAUGGAAACUCCAUGUCAAUCGAAGAACUGAUCAACUUGAGGUGUAUCUUAGUUGCGACCAACUUGGCACAAUUUGGUCAGUUCAGGCGAAUGUUGAAGUGAAGCUUAGAUCUCCCAAUGAAUCUCCCCACUGCAAAACAGCCACUGUAAAUUUCAAUAGUGAGAAGCCGAAGGAAAACUCAUGGGGAUGGAAGCAGUUUGCCGAUUGGGAGAAAGUCGCAAAAAACUUUGUGAUUGAAGAUGCGCUACACUUUAAAGUUCAUGUUCAAAUAUUGAACGCUUCUGGGUUCAAGGGAAGAGAUCCGGUUUUGAAGUUCGACAAUGAGUCUAUGGGAGAGCUGUCCGAUGUGGUUUUGGUAGUGGAUGAGCAGAGAUUUCAUGUUCUGAGAAAGCAUCUCGCUCUGCAGUGCUCCUACUUCAAAUCCUUGUUCUUUGGCAGUUUCGGCGAGUCGAAGAAAUCAGAGGUUACCCUCUCUGGGAUAGACCCGGAAGCCUUCCAGGCAUUUUUGGAAGUUCUCUAUUUGGAGGACUCGAUUGAUGACAAUACCGUCGAAGGAAUCCUUCAACUUGCUGACAUGUACGAUUCUAGAGCGGUUAUUGGGAAAUGCGAGAAAUUUCUUUACAAGGAGUCCGAGAAGUCCGGGAAAAAGAAAUUGGAAUUGGCAAUUAGAUACAAGUUGGAGAAACUAGAGAUUCACUGCUGCAACACCAUCAAAACCAUCCAAGAUGUCCGCUCAAUUAUCGCUGGAAACAUUGAUGAAAUGAGCCCAUUCCUGAUGAAGCGGGUCUUGAAGCGAGUUCUUGAAGUUUAAAAAUUGUUCGUUUUCAAAUAUGAAUUGCAUUUUUCUAAUAACUGAUUUUUGGCCACUAUUUUUUCUCUGUUUUCAAUUGUAAAGUUUUAUUUGCCAGUACAAAA